CCCCUUUAAAUGCCGCGUAGGGGACCGGGGAGGCUGAGGGCUGUUGGACUCGUGAGUUUCUGAGGUGUUUGUGCCCUGUUCGGUGAGGGGACACUCAGAGACCCCUGACCCGGGGUCACUCAGUCGCCUUUCUCCUCCGCCUGUCUCCGCGCCGGACCCGGGAUAACCUCCUCAGAGUUGGUGAUUUUCUGUUUGCAAAAGUGGUGUGCUGAGCAAGUGUGCAUUUCUACAAGUGCCAGGACUGGAGAAGGUUGUUUAGGUGCUCUCUCUUUCCCCACACUCCAGUGACACAAGAUGCCCUUCAAUGGCGAGAAGCACUGUGUGGGCGAGGACCAGCCAAGCGAUUCAGACUCUUCCCGGUUUUCCGAAAGCAUGGCUUCACUCAGUGAUUGUGAGUGCUCCAGGCAGAGCUUUACAAGCGACUCCUCCAGCAAAUCCAGCUCUCCUGCUUCAACAAGCCCUCCCAGGGUGGUAACAUUUGACGAAGUGAUGGCUGCAACAAAGAACUUAUCAAACAUGACUCUUGCCCAUGAAAUUGCUGUAAAUGAGAACUUCCAAUUGAAACAAGAUGCCCUCCCUGAGAGCAGUUUGGCAGGUCGAGUAAGGCACAUUGUCCACCAGGCCUUCUGGGACGUCUUGGAGUCAGAGCUGAAUGCUGAGCCUCCCGAGUAUGAACAUGCCAUCAAACUGUUUGAAGAAAUCAGGGAGAUCCUUCUCUCUUUUCUGACUCCUGGUGGCAACCGGCUACGCAACCAGAUCUGUGAAGUUUUGGACACAGACCUCAUUAGGCAGCAGGCUGAACACAGUACUGUCGACAUCCAAGGCCUUUCCAACUAUGUCAUCAGUACUAUGGGAAAGCUUUGUGCUCCUGUGAGAGAUGAUGAUAUCAGAGCGUUAAAGGCCACUGGCAAUGUUGUGGAGGUGCUGAGACAGAUAUUUCAUGUCCUGGACCUCAUGAAAAUGGAUAUGGUCAAUUUUACAAUUAGGAGUCUGAGACCAUAUCUUCAACGCCAGUUGGUGGAUUAUGAGAGAACCAAGUUCCAAGAAAUUUUAGAAGAAACUCCAAAUGCUCUUGAUCAAACUACAGAAUGGAUACAAGAAUCUGUAAAUGAAGAAUUACUUUCUCUUUCCGAGACCACUUUAACACCUGGGGCCGAAAACAGCUCCAAGCCAUGCCUGAGCCCUACACUGGUGCUAAAUAACAGUUAUUUGAAAUUGUUACAGUGGGAUUAUCAGAAAAAAGAAUUACCAGAGACACUCAUGACAGAUGGAACACGACUUCAGGAACUGACAGAAAAGCUGAAUCAGUUGAAAAUUAUUGCCUGCCUGUCUGUAAUUACCAACAACAUGGUGGGAGCUAUUACAGAAGGCCUACCUGAGCUUGCAGUCAGGCUGAAAAGGAUUUCAGCUGUUCUACUUGAGGGCCUGAACAAAGAGACCUGUAACUUGAAGGAAGUCCUGAAUUCUAUCGGUGUUCAGACUUGUGUUGAGGUUAAUAAGACCCUGAUGGAGAGAGGUUUACCUGCUUUAAAUGCUGAGGUUCAAGCUAAUCUUAUAGGUCAAUUCUCAAGCAUCGAAGAGGAGGACAAUCCUAUCUGGUCCUUGAUUGAAAAACGAAUCCAGCUGUACAUGAAAAGCCUACUUUGUCUGCCAAGCCCUCAAAAAUGCAUGCCUCCUGUGCCAGGAGGCCUUACUGUCAUUCAGCAGGAGCUGGAAGUGCUAGGCUGUCAAUAUGCAAACAUUGUGAAUCUCAACAAACAAGUGUAUGGACCAUUUUAUGCGAAUAUACUUCGAAAGCUGCUCUUUGGAGUGGAAGCCCUAGGGAAGGCGGAAGCUUCAUCUUCUACAAAUUAAAGAGGAACUGACAUUGGAUAAGAGAUUGAAAAACCCAGCAGUUAGGUACCAAGUCUGUUUCCAUCGAUGGCAUUACACAUGCGGCACAUUCUCAGUCCUGUCCAGGGUGCAAUGUUAGCCUGAACCUGUGUAAUCCAGUAACAUUAGCACUGCAGGAGACAUGCACAUCAUAUAGACUGUGUGCACCCUUUUCAAAUUCAAAAGAGAUGUUUUUAAUGAACAGAAUGCAAUUUGUAAUUAUAUUGCCUGUAUGAUACUUGUAAAUGUUUUCUUAAACGUUUAUAUUUGGCUUAUUCAUUCAACCCUUAAGGAGUUUUAUUUUCUCACUUGUCACUAUCAAAUCUAAUGGUUUUUAAAUUUUGGUACAGCUUCUUAAGGGUUGAAAUUUGUGAAAAUAACCAAGGGGACUGAUGUUCUGAAUAAAUGAUGUUAAGUAAAGAUAAUUGUAUUUGAAAUGUACAAUUAAAUUUUAUUAAUGUGUAAUAGCAAUUUACACAGUAGGUCCUCAAAUUCUGCAGAUGUAUAAGUCACAUUUUGUAAUAUCAAUUGUCAGUAUUUUUUAGAAUUUAAAUGUAUUAAAUACAGUUUAAAGCUAUGUACGAAUUUUAGAUAAAACAUCCCUUGUUCGUUUAGUGAAAACAGAAACAAAUCCCUUCUAAAAUUUUAUUCUAGAGGGUGGAUUCUUCUUGCAAAUUAUCCUGCUCUCUGAGAGAAGCCAUUUUGCACACAUCUCUUCAUGAAUGUCCUUGCAUUUCUCAGGCCAUUGGUAAGGUUUAUAUAAGAUUUUAAUAUUUUUACAUAAGGCAGGAGUGGUUUGAAUUGGUUUACUUUUAAGAAGAAGAAGAGAAGUUGAUAAAACGAGAUCUCCAUUCUCAGUGAAAUUCAGAUCUGGAAAAGAAACAGUUUAACUUUGGAUUUUUAAAUCAUAUAACGUACUAGCAAAUGCCUUCUCUGCUGUUUAAAUUCUUACCCUACUAUGACAAGGAUACUUUUCUAAGUAUCAUCAUCAUUUGUCAUUUUCUUAUGCAUUAAAUCAGACUUUGCCAAGCUGGCACUAGUUGUCAGGAUUCUAGAGAGAGCUGCUUGUCCUGGAAUUACAUACUGCCUCUGAAGUGUUAAGGGAAACACUACCAUUUGGGCAGACUCAGUCUGGAGAGACUUUACUUGCAUAAAACACAUUUUAAUUGUGUAGUUUUCUGAGGAGUGUUGAACCUUAGUAAUUUGGUGGGGAAGAGUGGGAAGAAAGUAAGAAAUAGUACUCUUUUCUUCCUCACUAUGACCUCCACCAUUAAUUAUUCGAUAAAGUUCUAGGAGAUGAUUAUGUGAAUAAAUUAUCUACAAUUUUUACAUUUUGGAGGCAUCUGUCAAAAUUGGAGGAAAACUUGAAAGUCAAUGUUUUUUUCUCACAAUGACCAAUGCAUAAAUUAGCCGUUCUAUCCAUUUAAGUGGUUGUACGUAAGUGGAAUUUUACUGAAGAGCACGUCAUUGGUCUUACCCAUGUUUUCUUUCUUUCUAUAUUUCCAUUCUGCUCCUGUUUUCCUAUCUUAGAAACCAUAUGGUGCUGUAGAUUUUUUGUUUUCAUUGUAUCUUAAGUUGAAGUCGUUUUCGGCUGUGUUCACUUUGGGGCCUGCACGGCAGGGAGGGUCUGACAUAGAAAGGUAAUGUGUAGCGUGACUUUCUGUUGCUUUCUGAGGUGAACUGUGUACUUAACAGUGAGACCAGGUGGUGCACUUAUUUAUUUUCAGAUUGGAAUCCAGCUGGUAUUCUUAUAUACUUGAUUUUACUGCAGUUGCCAGCAGGAAAACAAUGUGCAAACGUUUUUUAAAAAAAUGAAUUUAAAAUUAAGGGCAUUCUUUUUUUUUUUAAGUGUCAAAGUAAAUCUCAAUGUCUCAAGUCUGGCUUUAGGUAACUACAUUCAUUAGCAUUUUAAAAUCAUAUCCCUUAGCAUGUUGUUUAUUUGGUUUAUACUUAAGUGUUUACUUCUGCUUUUGAGAAUUUUCUUAACAUGGUCUUAUUUUGUAAGGUCAAUUUUAUUACACACCAUACACAUAUUUUCAUUCUUUCCUGCUAAGACAUGUAUUGUGUACACUAGUUAAAUUUUAAAACAUUAAAAAUUAUUUCAAGAUA